GGAUGGACGGUUUCCCCGACAAAGAAAAAUGUUAAGUCUUGUUCUGGAUUGCUGAGGGCCCAGCUAUAUCCCAUCACUUUGCAGAAGGGGACAAAGGUUAGCAAUUUCUCCCAUGCUUUGCAUAUUCCUGAGUGUGCCUUAGAAGUGGGUGACUGACUGCGAUGUUGUGCAUCAAGCCUGUGAGAAGUGGCUUGAGAGUGUGUUGCAAUAGUCAUUUCCUGAUAGAAACCAAAAGGCACAAAGUGUGCAUAUGUAGAGCAGAGGACUGAAAAACUGGGAGCAAAGCAGUUCCUGCUUGUCCUGGAGUCAAGAGAACGUUCUGGAUCAACACCAACAGCACAACUGAAGGAAGAUCCUGGGAAGAGGCUUGGAAGAGGCUUGGAAGAGGCCAUGAUGCCCCAACUCCUGACCCUGCUUUGCACUGGGCUGUGCGCUGCCCAAGGAAGCAGGGAGACUAAAGAUCCCCUUCCCAAGCCCUCCCUCAGGGCCUGGCCCAGCUCGGUGGUGCCUCAUGGGAGCAACAUAACGCUGCAAUGUCGGGCCCCAACCAAGGAUGUUGACUUUGCUCUCAGGAAGGGAGAUAUUUUUUUGGAUUCUUCACCAUCACUGGCUUCCACAGAGGGCCUGGCUGAAUUUCACCUCACUGACCUGAGAAACAGUCAGGCUGGAGUCUAUACCUGUGAGCUCUACAGACUCAAGUUGCCCUAUAUGAGAUCACUGCCCAGUAACCUUGUCCUGCUACUGGUGACAGGAUAUUGGCCUAAACCUUCCCUGCAAGCCCAGCAAAGGGGUGUGGUGACCGCAGGAGACAACGUGACCCUGCAGUGCCAGAGGCCUGAUGAUGUUUUCAGGCCAAUAAUGUUCGCUCUGCUGAAGGCGGGAGCGACAGGGCCCAUCCAGCUCCGGACUCCAGUCGGGAACGAGACGGACUUCUCCUUGCAGACUGUGACAGCUGAAGACUCCGGGAACUACAGCUGUGUGUACUUCCAGAUCCAGGCUCCUUUCUGGACCUCACUGCCUAGUGAGCCUCUUGAGAUCCGGGUGAGAGAACCCCUUCCCAAGCCCUCCCUCAGGGCCUGGCCCAGCUCGGUGGCGCCUCGUGGGAGCAACAUAACGCUGCAAUGUCGGGCCCCAACUAAGGAUGUCGACUUUGCUCUCAGGAAGGGAGAUAUUCUUUUGAGUUUUUCACGAUCACCGGCUUCCACAGAGGGCCUGGCUGAAUUUCACCUCACUGACCUGAGAAACAGCCAGGCUGGAGACUACACGUGUGAGUUCUAUAGAGGCGGGUUCCCCUAUAUGAGAUCACCACCCAGUGAUGUCGUCCUGCUACUGGUGACAGGAGAUUGGCCUAAACCUUCCCUGCAAGCCCACCAAAGGGGUGAGGUGACCGCAGGAAACACUGUGACCCUGCAGUGCCAGAGGCCUGAUGAUGUUUUCAGGCCAAUAAUGUUCGCUCUGCUGAAGGCGGGAGCGACAGGGCCCAUCCAGCUCCGGACUCCAGUCGGGAAGGAGACGGACUUCUCCCUGCAGACUGUGACAGCCGAAGACUCCGGGAACUACAGCUGUGUGUACUUCCAGACCCAGGCUCCUUUCUGGACCUCACUGCCUAGUGAGCCUCUUGAGAUCCGGGUGAGAGUCCCCCCAGGCGCCACCCCGAAGGACUACGCCUUGGGCAACCUCCUCCGCCUGGGUCUGGCGGCCUUCGUCGUGCUUAUUAUGGGCGCCCUCGUGCUGGAAGCCUGGUGCGGCCUGGAGUCUCCGCGUGGACCCGCGAAGCACAGCUGCGCCCUCGCCGGUCCUGCGCUGGGGUAGUGGCGCCGGGCUCUCCAAACACCACACUCCACCAUGGGCACCGCCUGUGCGUCUCACCACGUGGCCCUUUGGGUGGGAGAUUUCUCCACCACGUGGGACUGUCCUGUUCUUCGUGGGAACAUUCAGCACCAUUUGUCUUUCCCAAUAAAGGGCAGCUGAAGCCCCAAUCCUUGUGGGUCAAGGGAACGAGCAAGUGCUAUGAUGACCGUUCCCAACAUUGCUCAUUUGGAGGAUGGGGGGGGGGGGGUCCCUGGCGGAGAACCUGAGUUAGGAGGCCGGGGAAAUGUUUCCCCUCUUCCUCCUUCUCCGGAUCUCAGGCCUGUCCCUGUAGGCAUCGGCUCCACAGUUACCGCAGGGAAUGACGAGUGUUGAUGGAGGCCUGCUGACCCUCGACAGUCUUGUGGAACCUACAUUCCUAGCUCUGUGACGAAUCACCUGAGGACAAGGCUUACUCUUGCUGUAGCUUUGCUUGGGGCAGAGCACAGGAUGGAGCAUAAAGACACACCUAAUAAACUUGGAUGACUUGAAAACA